AUGGAUCAACAGCGGCUGAUAAACGAGGUCCUUCAUCCAAAGCCUAUCGCUAAUCAAAGCCCUUCACCCGGCUCACCCCAAUCCGGGAGAAACAUGCCACCACGAAAAUGCAAAGCCUCAUCGCGUCACAUCGAAAGUGGUACACCCUUCCUCGCCCUCCCAGCCGAGAUCCGUCUCGAAAUCUAUCGCCUCCUCCUCGUCUCCAAGGCCUACGCCGAGCUUCACCACUGCACCUCCAAAAAGUUCCGUCUUAUCCCUAAGGAACCUUGGGACUGUCCUCUUGAAAUCGAUCCACAAAUCUUACUGACUUGCCGGAUCAUCAAUAAAGAAGGUACCCCGAUCUUGUACUCGGAAAACGGCUUUCGAAGGGGUUAUUCCUGGCCGCGUCGCUAUACUCAUACGCGAGGACGCAGAAAGUGGCCGAUUUCUGAUACGUCGCCUGUAAGCAAGGUUAAUUUCGCUUGUAUCUCUCGAUUACGCCUUUUUCGAGAUUACGAUCACUGGUUUUGUGAUGGGGAACUCAAGAUCUUCAAAGACGUUCCGCACUUGAAAGAUCUGGACAUUCACAUUGAUCAAAAUGACUUCGCUGAGGCGUCCAGCGAGUUUACAUACCAAACCCUCAAAGCAAUCCGCUCAGGUAUUCGGUCCCUCAAUAUGGAAAUCCGUCUUGAUUUCCGGGAAAAAGCGCAUACAGACUGGCUAGCCAAAUGCAAAGACCGCGAGACAGAGAACUUCAGUAUUCAUUUGGACAAGAAGCGCGCUCUGGAGACAUGGUUCGAACACGAGGGACUGUUUACUGAUAGAUCACUUUUCUGGCGUUUUAAAACGCAGCGCUCAGAGUGGUGCGGGCCGUCGUGUUACAUCAGUUUUGCUUUUGACGACAAGCGCAAGGAGUAUGAAUACAUCGAUUUGGAGGUCUGA